UGUCUUUCGUUUUUUUUUUUUGGUGCGGUGGUGGUACUGUGCUCGUACGGUAAAGGUCGUACCGUGGACGUGAAUUGUUUUUCAUAUCAAAUCAAUGUGGUGAUUUUGCAAGGAUUGACUUGUGAUUUUACUGAGGAAUGUGUCGAUAUUAAGAAUUACAAAUAUAAAUAAGGUUACCGAUGUGCAAAAUCUAAUUUUCCUGUUUGCUCUUGUGCAGUUAUAUUCAACAACGAUGAUCAAUACUUGGGAACUUAUGGCCAGACUAUUGCCCAUAUGGAAGUUCAUUAAAAAGUACAAUGGGGCCGAUGCUUUAUGUGAUCUCGUUGCCGGUAUUACUGUGGGACUUACCCUUAUACCUCAGGUUAUCGCUUACGCUUCACUGGCUGGAUUAGAACCACAGUAUGGCCUAUAUUCAGCCCUAUGCGGUGGAAUAGUUUAUGCAAUCUUCGGCACAAUCCCAGAACUGAAUAUAGCCCCUACGGCCCUUCUCUCCCUCUUAACUUAUCAGUAUACCCAUAAAGUGACUUUUGGUAACGUUAAGGCAGCCAUUAUGCUCACCUUUUUCGCUGGGAUAUUGGAGCUCCUUUGUGGCAUCUUACAUUUAGGGUUUCUUAUUGAUUUUGUUUCGACUCCUGUGGUGUCAGCCUUCACCUCUGCAGGGGCCAUAACAAUCGCUUCCUCUCAAAUCAAAAACCUUUUUGGACUCAAGUACAAUGCGGAAAACUUUAUUCAAGUGUGGAAAAACUUCUUUAUGCAUAUAAGUGAAGUUCAGUUAUGGGAUACUGCACUGGGGUUCGGCUGUAUAAUAGUGUUGCUUGCCAUGAGGACCCUUAAAGAUUACGGAGAGCCCCCAGUGUCAACUGAAAAAACCCCGGAAAAGUCAUCAACUUACAAGAAGAUUAUAUGGUUCAUUUCAGUAGGCAGGAAUGCCAUGGUAGUGGUGGGUUGUGCAUUUAUGGCCUAUAUUUUUAAGAUUUAUGAUCAUAAACCUUUCGCUUUAACAUCAAAAGUACCCUCGGGGUUCCCAAGUUUUUCCGUACCAUUGAAACCCAUUGAGGCAAGUAAUGGUACCAGUGGCACGGACAUUUCUCAAAUGUUGGCAGAACUUGGCUACAGCAUUGCAGUUAUUCCUUUUAUCGCUAUUAUUGCUAAUGUUGGUAUUGCAAAGGCUUUUGCUCAUGGUAAAGUGGUGGACGCGUCGCAAGAAAUGGUUGCCGUAGGUUUGUGCAAUAUUGCCGGAUCAUUUUUCGGAUCGUACCCUGUUAACGCGUCGUUUUCCAGGGCGGCGGUGAGCAGUGCCAGUGGCGUGCGCACCCCUUUAUCGGGCAUUUAUACCGGUAUAAUGGUAAUGUUGGCAUUCACCUUUUUAACCCCGUACUUUCCGUACAUCCCUAAAGCGACGUUGGCGGCAGUGAUUAUUUGUGCCGUAGUGUUUAUGGUUGAAGUAGCCAUUACCAAAAUGAUAUGGAGGAUAAACCGGUUGGAUAUGAUCCCUUUUAUAAUUACUUUUAUAUGCUGUCUCCUGAUGGGAAUAGAAGUAGGGAUCCUUAUUGGGAUAUUGGUGGAAGUUUGCAAGCUGAUGUACUUCACUUCCAGGCCUAAAAUUAUGGUGAAAAAGAUUCACGGUAGACGUACUUAUGUGAGAGUCACCCUUAACUCUUUAGUUUUCUUUUCGUCGGCUGAAUAUUGCAGAGAGAAAAUUUUCCAGUGUGUUUUGGAUUCGGGACAAAUGUUCUCUUUAGUACUUGUUGACUGCACUCAGACCACCGACAUGGACUUUACUGCUGGAAAGUGCUUUGAAUCCUUGAUUAAAGACCUGAAAAAAAUUGAUAAAAGUCUGAUAUUCUUGGCGUCCAAUGAGCACAUCUCGAAAAUGUUACAAGCGUCUUGUGGUAAAGACGUUGUGAUUUGCAAGUCUGAGGAGGAGUUCGAUGUGUCUUGUCCAGGUAAAAUCAACGCGGUAAGCAACGGCGAUAUGGAAACGGUGACCACCCAAAUGUGAUAUUUUUUUUGUAAUUUAUAUUUUAACUUUUUGUUUUUUAACAGUAUACAUUACUCCAUAAGUUCGAAUCUCAUAGAUUUAAGUGUUGUUAUUAUUUUGGAUUGUUUAAAAUAAAAAAAGGAAACAAUAACAUUGUUCAGUGUCA